AAUGCAACUCAUCGUAUAUUCUGUAUUAUAAUACCAUUUAUUUUAAAGUUUUCUAUUUAUAAAGUUGGACUCAAAUGAUGCAUGUAUUACCGUAAUAAGCAAGGUGAUUCUUCAAGUGUCUAAUGAGUGAAAUAAGUGGUAAACGCAGGAGAAGUGAGUGUCAGACGAAUGGCACGAAUGUAUUCUUCAUCAGAGAUGGCAUUCAUAGGAAACGGAUGACAAUUCUCGAGAGAAACGCUCAAACUUUGGGUCUUGUAGUCAGUGACCACUUCCGUGAAUCCAUUGAUUAUAUAAUAUCUGACUUUGAAUACGAGGAACAAGUGAUGGAAUCGAUUGGAUGUGAUAUAAGAGAGUUGAAGGCAGUUGUGGUGAACACCCGAUGGCUCACCGAUAGUAUGCAAUCCCAACAACUCAUGCCUUUUAACACCGAUUAUCGCCUUAAACGCAGACAUAAGGGAAUUGAUUCCAAGUCUUCCAAUGAAUGUUCAAAAGAGUCAUCAAAUGGUGAUUAUAUUUGUCAGCGAAUGAGUUCACUUAAUCAUCAAAACUCUAAACUCUCGGAACCAUUGGAAGUGAUGGCCAAAGAGGCCAAACUGAGGGCACAUUUGUUUGAUACGGUUCGCUAUUUAGGCUUCAAGAAGGCGGCCGCUGUUCUCAAGUCGCUUCCAUUUGCUGUCAAACAUGUGGAUGAAGUGUCAUAUACCUUAGCCUGGUUUCUGACGUGUCAAAUGAAUGGACGGUCACCUGAAGUGUGUCUAUUUGAUGUGAAGAUAUUGCAGACCUCCUCCAAGACUACAAACAUUAUUAUCGGCCAUCACUUCGACGACGAUUUAGUGAACUUAAGACAUGAGUUGCAGUAUUCGGUGAUCAUUGACGCGGGAAGUAGUGGCAGUCGUGUCCACAUCUAUGUCUGGCCACCACAUAGUGGGGACACCAGACAACUGCUUCAGAUCCGAAUGCUU